AUGGAAGAAAUAAAACAUAGUAGUGAUACUGAGAUUCCUGAAAAACGAAAUAGCAGUUGUACAGUAAAACAUUUUACUAAUAUACCUUCACCAAAUCCACAAAUAGUUGAAAAAAAAAUAAAAGAAGGUGUAAAAGCAAUUUCUAUUGAAGAUUUAAAAAUCUUGGAAGAUGAAAAUGAAGAUGAAAAGAUUGAGGAAUAUUUAAAUAAAUAUAAAAGUAAUGUAUUUUCAAAUAAACAUUCAUUAUAUUUAUAUUGUAGAUAUGUUAUUUUAUAUUAUGGAAAUGAAUUAAUAGAUAAAAAAGAUAUAGAUAAGUUAACUUUUGAAAUAAUAAAUGGUGGUAUAACAAAUAUAUUAGUAAAAGUUGAACAUAGUUUGGAAAAAAAAAAAUAUUUAAUAAGAUUAUAUGGUCCUAAAACUAGCGAAAUUAUUAAUCGUGCUAGAGAAAAAGUAAUAGCUCAUAUAUUGAAUAAUAAAAAUAUUUCAAAAAAAAUUUAUGUUUUUUUUUCAAAUGGUAGAAUUGAAGAAUUUAUGGAAGGAUAUGCAUUAUCAAAGGAAGAAAUAAAAAAUCCCAAUUUUCAAAAAGAAAUUGCAAAAAAUUUAAAAGUGUUACAUGACAUUGAACUUAAUGAUGAUAUGUAUGAGACAAUCAAAAGAUUACAAACAGGUGAUAGUGAAUAUGAUAAUGAUCUAAAAAAUAUUGAAAAUGGAUCGAGCCAAAUAAAUCAUAGACCAUCUUUUUUAUGGGGAACUAUAUGGAAAUAUUUCAACUUAUUAUAUGAAGAAAAAAGUAAACCUUGUGAUUUUAAUUCAAAAGGGAAUAUAUUAAAAUUAAUUGAUUUUGAAUCAUUGAAAAAAACAAUUGAAGAAGUAGAAAAAUUAUGUAAAGAAAAAAAUUCACCAAUAGUUUUAUGUCACUGUGAUUUAUUAUCAUCAAAUUUUAUAAACAAAACCGAUAAUACAAUAUGUUUAAUUGAUUUUGAAUAUUCUUGCCCUAUGGAAAGAGCUUAUGAUAUAGCUAACCAUUUUAAUGAAUAUGCAGGUUUUAAUUGUGAAUGGAAUUUAAUACCAACAAAAGAAGAAGAAUAUAAUUUUAUUAAACAUUAUUUAAAUACAGAUAAUAAUGAAAUUAUUAAUAAACUAAUUGAUGAAGUACAACCAUUUUAUCUUAUCUCUCAUAUUUAUUGGGCAUUAUGGUCAUUGUUACAAGGUAUGAGAUCCUCGAUUGAUUUUGAUUUUAUAAAUUAUGGAAUGACAAAAUUAACUGCUUCUACACUUUCUAUAUUUAGAUCUAAAAUUAUAUCUAAUUAA